ACGAAAACUCUAAAGUUUAGGGGCAGAAACAUCAUUUUGUCUUAAUUAUAGGUAUUAUUGGUGGUAAUAGAUUCUUAAAUUCUUUUUCAAGACCAAUUCAAGUGAAGCCACUAAUGAUGGAUUCUCAGCUGCUGUCUUUUAAUCGGAGCAAUUCCUUAAUUAGACUAAAUUUACCUCGUCGUUCCACAUUGAUUCCUGCUCCUCUGCACAAAUUCUCUCAAGGAUUACGUUUGAACAGAGUAAUGUGUGCAAUGAAGUCUUAUCGCUUAUCGGAACUUACUCGUAAAGAGGUUGACGGCCUGAAAGCUCGUCCUCGAAUAGAUUUCUCUUCGAUCUUUAGCACUGUUAACCCCAUUGUUGAUGCUGUUCGCAGCCGAGGUGAUGCUGCUGUUAAAGAGUACACUACAAGAUUUGACAAGGUCAAGUUGGACAACAUUGUUGAUCAUGUAUCUGAACUUCCUGACCCAGAGAUUGAUCCUUCUGUUAAGGAAGCAUUUGAUGUCGCAUAUGAUAAUAUUUAUGCAUUUCAUCUUGCUCAAAGAGCGGCUGAACAAAGUGUCGAAAACAUGAAAGGUGUUAGAUGUAAACGUGUGGCAAGGAGCAUUUCUUCUGUAGGUCUUUAUGUUCCUGGAGGAACUGCAGUUUUACCUUCAACAGCUCUGAUGCUUGCAAUUCCUGCACAGAUUGCCGGGUGUAAGACCGUUGUACUUGCAACUCCGCCAAGUCAGGAUGGCACCAUAUUCAAGGAAGUACUGUACUGUGCCAAGAAAGCUGGUGUCACUCACAUCCUUAAAGCCGGAGGAGCUCAGGCUAUAUCAGCCAUGGCUUGGGGGACAGAAUCCUGUCCUAAGGUAGAGAAGAUUUUUGGACCAGGAAAUCAAUAUGUCACAGCUGCCAAAAUGAUUCUACAAAACAGUGAAGCAAUGAUAUCAAUUGACAUGCCUGCCGGACCUUCUGAAGUUUUAGUUAUUGCUGAUAGCCAGGCCAGCCCUAUACAUAUAGCUGCAGAUUUACUGUCACAGGCUGAACAUGGCCCUGAUAGCCAGGUUGUUCUUGUAAUUGUUGGGAAUGAUGUUGAUCUUAAAGCCAUUGAAGAGGAGAUUGGUAAGCAAUGUCAAAGCCUACCAAGAGGAGAAUAUGCUUCGAAAGCAUUGGAGCAUAGUUUCAUUGUAGUUGCUCGUGAUAUGGUUGAGGCCAUCUCCUUUUCAAACUUGUAUGCACCUGAGCACCUGAUUGUUAAUGUAAAAGAUGCGGAAAAGUGGGAAAGGUCUAUUGAGAAUGCAGGUUCCGUAUUCUUGGGGCAAUGGACGCCAGAGAGUGUUGGAGAUUAUGCAAGUGGGACAAACCAUGUAUUACCAACAUAUGGUUAUGCAAGGAUGUACGGCGGGGUUUCCUUGGAUUCAUUCCUUAAAUACAUGACUGUACAGUCACUGACCGAGGAAGGUCUGAGAAACCUCGGUCCGUGUGUCGCAAAAAUGGCUGAAGUCGAAGGACUGGAAGCCCACAAGAGAGCUGUAACUCUAAGACUCGAGGAUAUUGAAGCCAGACAAGUUACAAGCAACAUGAGAUAACAGUUUGAGCUUGCAACGCAAUGCUACGGGUUCAUUUUAGAUUUGAGGAUAGCCAAUUGUUAUGUCAUUAAUUGAUAUGGGUUGUGCAAUUUUCUGGGGAAAAUUAAAUUAGUACUAAAAAUUUGCAAAUAUCAAAGCUCUUUUGAAACACAA